AAUAUUUAAGAGAACAUGCCAGCACCUUGAACUAACUGUUCGGAUUAAUGAACCUGUGUAAUUAGAGCUUUACAAUUACGUUUACUGUGCUAAUUUCAACUGUCCCGUCCAACUUUCUCCUUGUUUCCAAUAGUGUUUGAUGUUCGUUAUCAUACGAUUCGGUGACAACCAUUAACAAUUAAACAAAUCUUCUGCAUUUACUGUUGCAAUAAAAAAGGAUUUGAUUGACAUUCUAAAGUGCCGUGCGGAUCCAUCGAACAAGAAUUCUCUAUAGCGCGAAUGCGAACCGACAUUUCGAAACAAUUUUAUUAAGUGCAUCGUUGCGGUAAGGUGGUUCCGAACUAUCAAUAAUGAUAGUUUUCACUAAUUCUCCCGCUGGUGGAAAACUAGUAGAAGGACAAUACGCGUAAAUGCUACCAAAUAUAUCUGUGUCACUGUUAUGCAACGAGGGUGACAGGGAUUUACCCAUAAUGGCCUAGAUAAGGAGAUGACAUCACGGCAAUUCCCUAUAAACGCGGUUAGUAAGGGGUCACAAUCCCCACAUCUUAGUGUGCAGAAUAUAACUGGAACUGGAAGUGCAGAAAGUCAAGGUGCCAGACACAAAUUACGUCCGCGAAAGAACACCGCCUCUGGCAGCCUCAGUGAUAGCUCUUCCAGCGUUAAACGCCAGGAGUCGUCCCCAACUUUGACGCUUAUAUCGUCAAAGGGUUCAGCUGAUUCUAAUUAUUCACAACCUUCAUCGGACCUGUCGCUGGACGAGGAAAAAGAAACGCUUCGACGUGAAAAAGAACGUCAAGCACUUGCACAAUUGGAAAAGGCCCGAACGAAGCCGGUAGCAUUCGCUGUUCGAACAAAUGUAGCCUAUGAUGGCUCUUUGGACGAUGAUUCUCCAGUUCACGGGUACGCGGUGUCUUUUGAUGUCAGGGAUUUUUUGCAUAUAAAGGAAAAGUACGAUAAUAAUUGGUGGAUAGGGAGGCUAGUAAAAGAAGGUAGUGAUGUGGGGUUCAUUCCGUCUCCGGUUAAGCUCGAGAACCUGCGUAUGCAGGCAUCGCAGGCCCGGACUACGAAGUUCUACUCGAGCAAAACUAGUUCCAGUUCCAACAUUGGGGCCACUGGUAACGAUGUUUCGAGAGGUAGCACCCCUCCUACGCCUGGUGACGAAUCAGAUUCGAUAGGUAAUCCGAAGCCGGGGAAAACACUCACUACCCCACCCGCGAAAGAAAAGAAAAAAGCGUUUUUUAAGAAGCAAGAAACCACUGCUCCUUAUGAUGUUGUACCCUCUAUGAGGCCUGUAGUUUUAGUAGGACCUUCACUGAAAGGAUACGAAGUUACUGAUAUGAUGCAGAAAGCGUUAUUUGAUUUUUUAAAGCAUAGAUUUGAAGGAAGGAUUAUCAUAACAAGAGUUAUGGCUGACAUUUCUCUGGCAAAACGCUCGUUGUUGAACAAUCCUUCGAAACGAGCCAUUAUGGAACGGUCCAAUACGCGCUCGACUUGCCUGGCAGAAGUUCAAGCUGAAAUUGAAAGAAUAUUCGAACUGGCCAGGACGCUGCAACUUGUGGUCUUAGAUUGUGAUACUAUAAAUCAUCCAUCUCAACUUGCCAAAACCUCAUUAGCUCCUAUUAUUGUUUAUUUGAAGAUUACAAGUCCUAAGAAGCGGGAGAAGUUGCACCCAGUCCUGGUAAAAUUUGGCGAGCUGGUUCGACUGACUUGUUCGCUUAAUGCCAUUAAUUGCAAAUUCGUCUUUUGUUCCACGAUGUUUCAUGCAGGCCAUCAGAGAGGCCGGUCGAGGCUAGAAAGGCAAAGAGAAUACGACGAUUAUGUAGACAAGGAAGCUCAUUCGCAGCUUCACGCGGUUCCAGCUCAUAUAGCUGGCAGCCAAGAUUAUCCCAAUCACUCUUAUGAGCGAACGUUAGACAGGGCACCGUCUCGGGAUCAUAGAGUAAGUAGAGAUGAAGAAUAUCCUUCUCAUAGAAGUUCAAGAAGAGCUGUCAAUGCUAUCUAGUGGAGGCUGUCUACGGAGCAACCCAUUGAGGAAGAAGUACAGGGUGAUCUUAGUCCAUCGGAUGAAUAUUUCUAUCGGCAACAAUUCCCAAAAGAGUUCAGAGAUGACAGAGUGGAAACAAAAGGAAAACGCGAAUACGGUUGGCGGUACGACGAACGGAGAGAGAUGAGGAGGAGACCAGAAGAAGAUAGAUACUACGAACGAGCAGAAGAUAAACGAUACAGGGAUGAUAAUGUGAGAUAUGAAACGGGAAUGGAUCCGAAAUCUUCCCUGUUGCUAGAAAGAAGGAAAGAUAAUAGCGCGAAAGGUGAAGGCAAGAAUUAUCGACAAGAACUGUUAGAAAGAUUCUCCAAUAUGGAUUUUGAAGACCACGACAAUUACCGUAGCCAAAGAUAUUACGAAUAGUAUGUACUUCUCAACGGAUUAUCUUCUACUCUAAUGCUUGCAUUGGGCAAAAUGGGUAAAAUUGCCUUAAUGGUGUGUUCCGUAGAACGAGAGCGUAAAAUUAAAUACCUUACCAGACAUUUUAUCAGGUCUUGACCAGUUUGGUGCCAUAUACGCCAGUAAUAGCUCAAUUUUAGCGAUUUAAUAUUAUUAUUACAUUACAUCCGGCUUUAACAGGAUAGAUAUACCUAACUAAGAAGUUUAGAAAUUGUUUGUUAAUAAUAAAACCGUUUGGUUGUUUCUUAUAAUAAAACAAAAUAAAAAGAACUGACCACUUACAUACAGUUUGUUAAGUUUGUUCGUAAAUUUUAUUCCUAGUUUCUAAAUACGAAGUGAUAUUAGUGCGUAAAAUUUAUGCAAUGACUGAACUAGGAAAUUUUUAAUGAAUUAUAGGGAAAUGAAAAAUAAGGUAGGAUUUUCGGGAAGUCCAACAGUUUUUAUUAUCCACUGUACUACUUGUUAUCGU